GUAUUUGGGGGAAACUCGGUUACGUCUGGCUGUUUCUCCAUCUCAGCCUCCCGUUCAGGAACGUACGGCAACAAGAAGAACAUUACAAAGAAAUUAAACAUAAAAGUGACCAAUUUGUCACCUACGAAGAUCUCCGUCCAAGGACCCAUCGAUAGCACGAAGCAACACUGCGUGGGCCCGCGCACAAGUGAUGAUAUUCCUAACCAAUAAUUAAUUAGUAAUUAUACACGCGUUUACAUCGUUAGAGGUUAUGAGCGUUAAUAGAUCCGUUUAAAAAAAUCGAUAAUCGUCGCAGCUACCGCGUGGUAAUCUUGUGACGUGAAGUGUGUUCAAUGACUAUACUCUUUUAUCGGUUCACCGACAAUAAUACGAAUUAUAAAACUGUUUUCAAAUACGACAGUGAAGACACGAAGAAAUAAUAAAAAAAAAUAAUAAAAAAAAAAGGCAGUAGUGUCGCGAGUGGUAAACAAGAGUGCACGUGUAAAUACGGCACAAUAUGAGAGUGACAGCCGCCGUUAGGCAGCAUCCUCUUCAUCUGCAAGUGACUCGUACCAACAAUGGAAAGUUUUUGGUCAGUCCGAACAGUAGUCAGGAUCUUAUCGUUAGUCAACAGCCAACGAGCGACGAAACAAAUUCAGUGCCGGCAGUUGUAUUUCCUAGUUAUGAACCGUUGCCCACCGAUCAUCACGGACCGACCAUACUCGGGGACCGGUAUCUACUUCUUGGUCCAGCUGAAGGCAGCGCGCUUUACCGAUGCGUCGAUGUUCAUACCGGCAAACAGAUCGUCGCGAAGGCGUUGACCGUGGGCGACAAAGGUUGCGAGGCACUACUACAGGCUCACCUUCGAUUAGAAGGUACCGGGGCAGCGAGCGGUGUGGCAGGCGUGGUGGAAGCACCUGGAGGUCGACGCUAUCUGUUACUAGAGGGUCAUCACGGUGAUCUACACGCCUAUGUCAGAGCACGCAGAAGGCUACGGGAACCGGAGGCGAGGCGGCUUUUCCGGCAAGCCGCCAGGGCCGUGGCUACGUGUCACGAGUAUGGGGUUGUGCUAAGAGAUCUGAAACUGAGGAAAUUCGUUUUCGCCGACGAAUCAAGGACACGGCUUCGCUUGGAGAGUCUGGAGGACGCUGUAAUCGUAGAAGGAGACGACGACAAGUUAACCGAUCGAAGAGGUUGUCCAGCAUAUGUGGCACCGGAAGUGUUACGCUCGGGAAGAGCUUACUCCGGUAAAGCAGCCGAUAUCUGGUCCUUAGGCGUUCUUCUCUACACUAUGCUGGUCGGUCGCUAUCCGUUCAAUGAUGCCGAACACGCAUCUCUGUUCGCAAAGAUCUCACGUGGUCACUUCGCGGUUCCGGAAGGUCUUAGCCCACGAGCAAGAUGUCUGAUACGUUCGUUGUUGAGAAAGGAACCGUCCGAGAGACCGUACGCUGAAGACGUGCCGAGACAUCCGUGGCUCUCGAAACCUCUACGAGUGUGUACCACAUCCAGCAGCAACAACAACAGCAGCACCAGCAGCAGCAGCAGCAGCAGAUCCUCGUGUCAGGAUCAAAUUGUACCAGAACUACCUAACAAUCCUCAAGACUGACUUUUCCAUGAAAAGAAAUAUAUUCCGCGCGCGAUGAGCCCAGUUUUACAUGUUAAUCCUUUAUUUGGACGAGAGCGAUUGUUUUUCUUUCUUCUCGUUAUAUUCUAAAGACAAUUUUAGAAUGUAAGAAUCCGAUGUUUACUUUUUUGGUGGAAUAUGUUAGGGAAGGUCUAACGGUAUAAUCGUUAUAGUUGCGAAAAAAGAUUUAAUUUCGUUAUUUAACAGAAAUUCAAUAUCAAAGUUUUUUUUAUAUUUUAUUAGCAAAGUAUAUUUGUUUCAUUUACGGGCUAUGCUCAUAUGUCUGCUUUUAAAUAUCCAUUAAAUUACAAAAGGUUUGAAGGUUUGUUUUCAAUUUUAAGAAUUGUGUUUUUCCUUUCGAGUUAGAAAUAUGUAUACAUUUUAUCAAAAAUUACUUUUAUUUUAUACAUUUUUCUAUUCCAAAGAAUUUAGUGUAAUCUUCAAAAAAAAAUUAACGAUUAAACCCUUGAUCUUCACUGAUAGCUUGAUGAAAUGAAACUGUCAUGUGUUGUAUUUGAUAUCUAUACUGAUUAUUUUGUGUUUCUGUGAAAGUAAAAUUAAAUGCAAAAUUAUUGAAUGUGUGUAUGUUGAACGCAUGUGUGAGACUUUUUUCCUUUAUAUUUUGUAACGUAAUUUUCUGUGCAUUAGAUGUGUUUAACUCGGUGCACAAUUCCUCGUAUCAUUUGAGUCAGGGUACAAUGGUGACAGCGUUUCACUGACGCUAAAACGUGUAUAUAAAGACAGUUCACUGAAUUCUAAUAAAUCCUAAUAAACGUUAAUUAGGAGUAUUAAUAAAAAGUUCUGUACAUAGACAAAUAAAGUGACGUUUAUGGUA